GGAGGCGCUGCUGGGAGCGGAGCUGCCCCAGGUGCCGGAUACGAACUCGGCGGCGGCGGCGGCCGAUAAAAGCAACUUAGUUUUCAGUAACUGAAUAGACAUCAUGUCUCGAGCACGGCAGCCCCCGCUUGUAACUGGCAUCUCUCCCAAUGAAGGCAUCUCGUGGACAAAAGUGACAAUUAGAGGAGAAAAUUUGGGGACUGGGCCUACAGACCUCAUAGGUUUAACAAUCUGUGGGCACAACUGUCUGCUAACUGCUGAAUGGAUGUCUGCCAGUAAAAUCGUGUGUCGAGUCGGACAGGCUAAAAAUGACAAGGGAGACAUUAUUGUUACUACAAAGUCUGGUGGCAGAGGAACUUCAACUGUUUCCUUCAAACUGCUUAAACCUGAAAAAAUAGGUAUCUUGGAUCAGUCUGCUGUCUGGGUGGAUGAAAUGAACUAUUAUGACAUGCGCACUGAUAGGAACAAAGGGAUUCCCCCCUUGUCCCUACGUCCAGCUAAUCCGCUUGGUAUUGAGAUAGACAAAGGCAGAUUCCCUCAAAAAGAUUUAGAGGCACUGUUUCCUGGGAUGAGUGCUGAUUUCACUAGUGAAAACUUCUCUGCUGCCUGGUACCUGAUUGAGAAUCAUUCAACAACAAGUUUUGAUCAGCUCAAAACGGCUGUUGUGAAUUUGAAGAAACAAGCCAAUAAGAAAAAUGAGGGGAGUCUAGCUUAUGUGAAAGGAGGUCUCAGCACAUUUUUUGAAGCACAAGAUGCUCUGUCAGCAAUCCAUCAAAAACUGGAAGCGGAUGGAACGGAAAAAGUAGAAGGAUCCAUGACGCAAAAACUGGAGAAUGUACUGAACAGAGCCAGUAACACAGCAGAUACCUUAUUCCAAGAAGUGCUGGGUCGAAAGGACAAAGCUGAUUCAACAAGAAAUGCACUUAAUGUUCUUCAGCGUUUUAAAUUUCUUUUCAACCUUCCCUUGAAUAUUGAAAGAAAUAUCCAGAAGGGCGAUUAUGAUGUGGUUAUUAAUGACUAUGAAAAAGCCAAGUCACUCUUUGGAAAGACAGAGGUUCAAGUAUUCAAAAAAUAUUAUGCUGAAGUUGAAACCAGAAUUGAAGCUUUAAGAGAACUUCUGUUGGAUAAGCUGCUUGAAACUCCGUCAACAUUGCAUGAUCAGAAACGUUAUAUAAGAUAUCUUUCUGAUCUUCAUGCGCCUGGGGACCCUGCUUGGCAGUGCAUUGGUGCUCAACAUCAGUGGAUUCUGCAGCUUAUGCACAACUGUAAGGAGAGCUAUGUUAAAGAACAAAAAGGCAACUCAUUGCUCCACAGCCCCAUGUUAGACCUGGACAGUGAUGUGCGUCCAUCACCAAUUGGCCAUCUCAGUCAAACUGCUUCAUUGAAAAGGGGCAGCAGCUUUCAGUCUGGCCGUGAUGAUGCUUGGCGAUACAAAGCUCCUCAGCAAGUUGUAUUUGUUGAAAAGUUGACAAAACUUGUUGUAAGUCAGCUGCCCAACUUCUGGAAGCUCUGGAUUUCUUAUGUGAAUGGAAGUUUAUUCAGUGAGACUGCUGAAAAAUCUGGCCAAAUGGAAAGAUCAAAGAAAAACGCUAGGCAAAGACAAAAUGAUUUCAAGAAAAUGAUUCAGGAAGUGAUGCACUCUCUGGUAAAACUUAUCCGUGGAGCUUUGCUUCCAUUCAGCCUCAGAGAAGGAGAAUCAAGACAGUAUGGUGGCUGGGAGAUGAAAUCUGAACUUUCUGGCCAGUGGCUAACACAUGUUAUCCAGACUGUAAGGCUUAGUUCUGAGUCUCUUACUGCACUCGAGAUACCCAAUGAUAUGCUUCAGAUAAUCCAGGAUCUUAUUUUGGACCUUCGUGUGCGUUGCAUUAUAGUGACCUUACAACACACAGCUGAAGAUAUAAAGAGGUUAGCUGAAAAGGAAGACUGGGUUGUUGACAAUGAAGGUUUGACAUCGUUGCCAUCCCAGUUUGAACAGUGCAUUAUCCGUUCCUUGCAAUCUCUUAAAACUGUGCUGGACUGCAAACCUGGAGAGGCCAGCGUUUUCCAGCAGCAGAAAACACAGGAGGAUGUGUGCCGACUAAGCAUUGGGAUCAUGCAGGUCUUUAUAGACUGUUUGGAACAACUGAGCACCAAACCUGAUGGUGACAUAGAUACAGCACAUCUUUCAGUUGAUGUUUCAUCUCCAGAUUUGUUUGGAAGCAUUCAUGAAGACUCAAGUCUUUCUUCAGAACAGAGACUUUUAAUUGCACUCAGUAACUGCCGUUAUCUGGAACGUCAUACCUUCCUAAAUAUAGCUGAACAUUUUGAGAAACAUGGCUUUCAAGGUGUUGAAAAAAUAACUCAAGUUAGUAUGGAAUCCUUGAAAGAGCUGGAUCAAAGACUGUUUGAAAUGUACAUUGAAUUCAAGGCAGAUCCGAUAGUUGGGUCAUUAGAACCUGGCAUUUAUGCAGGAUAUUUUGAUUGGAAAGAUUGUCUUGUUCCAGCAGGUGUCAGAAACUAUUUGAAAGAAGCAUUAGUGAAUAUCAUUGCUGUGCAUGCAGAGGUGUUUACCAUUUCCAAAGAUUUAGUUCCUCGGGUAAUGUCAAGGGUUGUAGAAGCAGUCUCUGAAGAACUGAGUCGACUGAUGCAGUGUGUUUCAUCCUUCAGCAAAAAUGGAGCUUUACAGGCAAGACUUGAAAUCUGUGCGUUAAGAGAUACCGUGGCCAUAUACCUAACACCUGAGAGCAACUCGAGCUUUAAGCAAGCUUUGGAAGCCUUGCCUCAGCUCUCAAGUGGAACUGACAAAAAGUUACUAGAAGAGUUACUAAACAAAUUUAAAAGCAGCAUGCACUUGCAGCUGACCUGUUUUCAAGCUUCUUCGUCAGCAAUGAUGAAAACAUAGACAACGACACAAUGCAGGCAACUCGAAAGACAAAUGUACUUAAAUGUCACCCAUUUUUUCUGUACUUCUUCAAUUCCUUUGAAGAGUGAAGAAAACAAAAGGAAUUUCACUGAAAAAGAAAUUAUGAGAUACAACUCUGAGUAAUGGUAUGGGGUAUCCUGCUGAGUGAGACUUCUGGUCAUAAAUACCUUGAUAAAAUGGUUUUCUGUCUACUGUAUUUCAUUCUGUAGAGGAGAUUAAGCCAAUUUUGUUUACAUACACUCUUCUUGGCUGUAUGUUCAUGAAGAAAUAUUCAUUGGUGUGCUGCAAUCU